AAACCCGACUCUUCCCAGGCAGAGGCAUCAUCCCCCUCUGUCAGUGUGACCGCCCACAUUACAGGGAGGGGGAGAGAGAAAGUGCUGCUUUGUGAAUGAGGGGAGCGGCGGAUGACAGAAAGCAAACUUUACCGAGAAUAUUUCCAACGGGAGACAAUUUUCACAUUCAGCCGGAAAGUUUGGACGCCUCAGUGAGCGAUCCCUGAAUGACAAGAACCUGGGAAAGACACACAGAAGCUGUUCUGUCACUGAGGCGUUUUGAUGAAGCUUAAAAUGAUGCUUGCCAGUUUGGCCUGUUCCAUUAGUCUUUGCCUGGUAGUUGUAAUCAGUGGCGACCCCUGCCUCAUCAUCAGCGAGAUCAAUGCCGACAACCCGAGACUGGACACCACGGAGUUUGUGGAGUUGUACCACACUAGUGGACAGCGGGCCUCGUUGGACGGCUAUACCCUCGUCUUCUAUAACGGCAAUGGAAACAUAGCCUACAAAGUGCUGGACCUAAAGGGCUACAGCACGGACGACAGAGGUUUCUUCCUGGUGGGAUCGGUGGACAUGCUGCCCAAACCGGCCAUCCUCCUGCCUCCAAACACGGUCCAAAACGGCCCAGAUGCCAUCGUCCUCUACCACACGUCCGCUGCUCGCUACAGCGAAAAGAUGAACGUCACCACUGUGGGGUUAGUGGAUGCUGUCGUCUACAUGACUCGACGCACCGGAGGCGCAGAGUUCCUGGCUGAAUUCCUGACGCCCGGGGAGCCGGCCUUCGUGGAGGAUGAAGCGGCGCUGGAGGGGGAUGAGUCGAUUGAGAGGUGCUUGCUCUCCGAUGAUCAGUGGGGCUUUCAGGUGUUUUCACCCUCCCCAGGUCAAAGGAACAACUGCACCCCACCUGCUGCGGCACCAACCAUGCCUUUAAUUACUGAGCUGAAGCUGGGUGGAGGACAGGUGGAAGGAUUUGUGGAAGUGUCAAAAGCUCCUGCUGCAGGCCCUCUCGUGCUGGUAGUAUGGGAUGGGAGGACAGACAGGGUCAGUGUCAGUGUGAAUGUGGACACCUCCAGGAAUGGGUUGAUCUCUACGAAGAUAGAUAAAAGAUAUAUGAAAGGAGACGAGUCUGGUGCAGUGGCCCUUUACAGUGGCAGAGCUACAGAUUUCCUGGUAGGGAGUCCGCUGAGCCAGACACAGCCUCUUGAUGCAUUUGUGUUCGCUGGGCCUGGAAACAGGCCAAGCGCCAACCUCACAGAGACUCUCAUCCCAGGCAGGCAUCCAUACCAGCUUAGCAACAGUUUGCAAGAGGGAGGCUUCGACCUCAGCCGCUGCGGUGUAGCUACCUGGGCUCGAGAUCCUGGUAUCUUCUGGGAGGCCCCACCAACUCCGGGGCAGCCCAACCAGUGCCCCUGGCCAAAGAUCUGUCCUCAUAGCAUCGGGAUUCCAGGAGGCACGGAUUCACCACCUCACCUCCCACCCUGGGGAAAUGGUGACUUCCUGAUCAAUGAGCUGAAUACUGAUACACCUGGUGCAGCAGAAGAUGGAGAGUUCAUUGAGCUUUGGCACCCGUCGGGUCGCAGAGUCUCCUUGCAGGGCAUCUGGAUCGUGCUGUUCAGCGCGCACAACAACCGCCCCUACCGGGAGAUCAGCCUGAGUGGACACUUCACCACCGCCAGAGGUUACUUUCUGCUGGGCAGUGACAGGCUGGUACCAGCUCCAUCACUUCGCCUGCCGCCCAACACCAUCCAGAAUGGGCCCGAUGCUGUGGCGCUCUACCGUAGCCCUCUCGGCCCGCCGUCAGCGACGCAAAGGGGGAUCCCUACAAAAGGCUUGCUGGAUGCGGUGGUGUACCGACAAAGAGGAUCGGAUAAGGAUGCACAAGAGCUGAGCCAAGCUCUAACCCCUGGACAGCUGCCUUUGCUGGAAGAUCCAGAUGUUCUGGUUGAUGAUGAGGCCCUGAGCCGCUGUAGAGGCCUCUACCCCUUUGAUCUGUCUGCGUUCUCAGUGGCCCCACCCACCCCUCUGAGGGAAAACAGCUGUCCGCGUCCGCCUCCAGCCCCCGAAGGCGUCGUCAUCAGUGAGGUGGCCAGCAAUCGAUGGACCAAUCACAGUCAGCAGAGGGCCUAUGUGGAGCUGCACGGGCCACCCAACACAAUCCUGCUGGGCUUGGUACUGUCAGUGUUUGACCAAGAGCGCAGUGGGACUGUCAUUUCCCUUCCUUUGACUGGAUCUGUUGAUCAGGAUGGGUUUUACAUCAUUGGAAAUGUAACCGGAGCAGAUCAGACCUUCCCAGAAGGCUCCACGGUGCCAAUGCGAGGAGCAGUGAUCCUCUGUUAUGACUUGUUCAGUGUCUGUCGAGCUGGCACCGCUCUAACCAACUCCAGCCUCAGGGAUGUGCUGGUGUUCAGCGAAAACCAGCAGCUUGCCUCCUCCCUGUCCACCACCAGGGGGAGCCAAGUGAUGCCAGCUCUCAGGUCAGUGGAAGAUGGUCCCGUCUCACUCAGCCGGUGUUCAUGCUGUGAGGUUCGGAGCCCCUCCUCCUGGACCAGCUCGUCUCCCACACCUCGCAGUACCAACGUCUGUCCGAGCUCCGCCUUCUCCAGUAAUAUCGAUAUUUGUCUCGGGCCCCUGUCCAAAGACUGGCAAGAGCAGUCGGAAGAUUGCAGUGGUCUAAUUCCUAGAAAGAGGGUCGCUGAGGUGGCUGAGUAUCUGGAGCAGAGGUGUCACUGUGGUAUUUCUGCAUUGUAUCUCCAGGGGGCCAACUUUUCCUGUGUGUCUGGCUGGCUGCGAGUCUGGGGGAACAUCCAGGCCUUGUCAGACCAUCAGAAAGGCCUCAUCAUCCAGACAUCGCACAUGAACCCCUCGCCUCCACAGGCAGACGCCUGUUCCUCUCCCAGCACCGGUCGUUACUCUGGCACAGCCUCCACCCUGGGGUUACAGAUAGGACUGAUAGUAGCAGUGCUCCUGCUGCUGGGACUCGGAGCUGCUCUCUUCACAUAUUUCUACAGGAGGAGGCGUCCGCUGGACUAUUCCACCAUGGAGUUGAGUGAACAUGCAGAGGGACUGUCAGAUCUAUAAUCCAGGCUUCACUUCAGCUGGUUUGCUUCUGAAAGCACUUGUGCGCAAGUGAAGACUUCAGCUAAGCAAACAAGAGAUAAUCAGAGGCUGAUGUGACGUGUACAUAUGGCUGAUGUUUGUGGCUGUUUGGAAAUGAAAGCCACCACAAGUGUCCUUCUGUGUGUCUUUGAAAGAUCACAGAUGAAAACAACUCAUUUGUUUAACAGUGUGGUGGGAUGCAGUUUGUGUCAUAUUUCACGGCUCCAGUGACAUUCAUUAAAGCAAAUUAAGAUAAUAACAUGUUUCUAUGAAAUGUACAACCUUUGCUUGUAAACAUCACCUAGUAGGGAAAUUAAGAUUUAAGGAAGGGACUUCUUUUUUUUUUUUAAUACUUGACUCUUAAAUGCUCUUUUUUGUGGUUUUAUUAAUGAUACUGUUGAUAAAGCUUUCAAGGUUUAAAAAAAAAAAAAAAAAAAACAUGCUUUUGGAUUUAUGCAGAAAGGUUAGCUGGUACUGAAAUGUUGCUUCAUGUGCUUCAGAACCGAGAUAAUCAAUGUUCAGUCUAUAAAAUCAGUGCCAAUCCUGCUACAUAUUGUUUCAGUCCUUUUCAGACUGUCGUGACUCAAAGAGCUUGCUUGUCCUUUAAAUGUGAAUGUCUCUAACGUGUGAUUUUGUAACCACUUCUGUUUGAUUCAAGCAGAAUUUACAUUUUCCUGAUUGAAAAUGAAAAGAAGGGAAUGUGAGAGACUAAUCAAGAAAUUUCCCAAAUGAGGAGGAUUUUUUGACUUUUUUUUUUUUUUUUUUUAUUCAAUACAAUUUGUAUGUUUUUGUGACACUGAAGCCUCUCCUGUGCCUUUCAUCUGUGUGCUGGCCUUUCAGCGGAUUCCUACUUUAUUACACAGCCCCCCAUCUGGUUGCUUUUUCAAUCUUAUGUUGUGCACAAACUCUUUUUUUUUUUUUUUGAUUAAAUGUUCUCGGUGAGGUGAAGGGAUGUUGUAAUUUCCCCUAUUUUUUCUGUACAUAUCUAUGUCAAGCAGACUUAGCCCUGUGAAAAGAGUCUCGUUUGAGUUAAAACAAGCUGAGAUCUAUCAUUAGAUGGUAAGAAAAGUAAACUUUUUUCUUUAGGGACCAAAAGGAAAGCAGUUUUGAGUUAAGGCAGAAGAAGCGUUUGCAUCAAAACUGAUGGCAUGGAAAGGGCCAUUAUAAAAUCCAAGGUAAUUUUAACUAUAUGCUUAUGAAGUGUAUAUAAAAGUCAUUACAAAUGCUUAAAAUAACAAUUUAUCUUGACGUAGGGAAAUUGAUCACGAUGCUAAAAUUGAUUUUCAUUUUGCUGCAAACACAUAUUUUGUUCAGGCCGUUGCCAAGACAACCUGGUCCUGGAUUAGCAUCAGAAAAUGGAUGGCUCGCUGUUUUGAGCCGACUACUUUGUUUUGUUGUAAAACCAGACAGAUGUUGGCAAAUGAACAGUUUGAAGAGUGUUUUACCCUUGGAGUCUUUCUUAUGAAUGAUUGUGAGAUGUAUUUUAUUGUUAAUUUCUUUGUGCAAGACGACUUUUGUGUGUGAGAAGAUGGAAAGUGAACAAGCAGGAUGAGCUCAUGCAAGUUAACAUGACUCUUCUUGAUAAAAGUAUGGUGGGUUUUUUCCCUUUUGCAUCUUCACAGAUGGGUUCACAUGAGUAGUAUUAAAAUGAAUCCAAUUUGUGUGCGAAAACAGGAACUAAAAGAUUAUGCAUAUUCAUGGGAUCUAAACGUCAUAGGUUUUCAUGGUAAACAUCCUCUUCUACACUAUUGACGUCGAAAGAACCACUACGGUGAAAAGAUACUUUGUACCAUAUUUACAAGCCAUGGAUUUCAAACUUCUUGUAUUUUAUUUUUCUUCCAAUGUCCAGAACAUGUUGAAAUAAAGUACUUUCACAAAUGUGUAGUCAAA